AUGGACUUUCUCACUUCGACGUAUUCACAACUACGCCAAACAGCGCAGUCACAGCUAUCAUCAGCACUCACUCCUCCAUCUCAGUCACUCCAGUCAACCAUAGACAAGCUCACGGAUAGGCUACUCCAGUCAUCGGAUAUCGCAGACAGGAGAGCCUCUUUGCUCGCUCUCAAGGGACUGAGCAGGGAUGCUAAGCGGGAGGUGGGGGAGACGGCGUUGAUGGCUCUUCUUGGAAGACUGGAAGAGGCGGAGGUGGAUCCAGAGGGGGGGAAGGCGUUGUUGGAAACCCUUCUCGUUCUUUGUGAGAGGGACGAUGACCUGCACUCCCAUCCCCAUCCCCACCCCCACCCCUACCCCCCGCCUCCUAACGCACGCGGGAAAGGAAGAGAAGACCUCGGACUGAGGCACACAGACGUCGUGCUUCAAUCUCCGGAACCGGUGCACACCCUUGUCCACCUGCUUGGACAGUCGAACUUUUAUGUCAGGUUCGGAGCGCUCCAGUUGCUCGGUGUGCUCUUGCAGAAUAGGGCGGUGGUCGUCCAGGGGUAUGUGUUGACGAGCCCGAUGGGAGUGGGGAGUCUGGUGGGGGUGUUACAGGAGAGAAGGGAGAUAAUUAGGAAUGGUACUCCUACCCCACUUGGAGUUGCACUCCUACUCCCGCGUGCUCACGCCCCUGCAGAAGCCCUCCUCCUUCUCCAGAACCUUAUAAACUCCAACGCCGACUUGCAGAAAAUCGUCGCCUUCGAAGGCGCCUUUGAGCGGCUGCUCGACAUUGCCCAGCAAGAAGGCGGAAUGGAAGGCGGCGUAGUAGUCCAAGACUGCCUAACGGCGAUCGAGCUCCUGCUAAAGUUCAACGUUUCCAACCAGAACUAUUUCAGGGAAACGUCCAACAUCCCCCGACUCCCGCCUCUCCUGCUCUUCCCCUCCCCGCCCCCUCCCCCAACCGCGCCUUCACCCCAAUCCUUCGCCCUCCAAUUCUGGGACACCCAAAAACUAGCCAACGCAAUCCUUCUCGUUAGGCUCGUCCUUCUCCUACUGGGCGGUGCAGGCCAGGGGAAAGAGCAGAACCAGCUCGCCCUCCUAGCGAGUGGGAUGACACGAGCGCUCCUAGAGCUAGGGCUGGCAAGUAACGCCCCCACAUCUCUGAAGAUCCACGCACUCAAAGCCCUCUCCCCGCUGCUAGCAAACUCGAAGCCGAACCAAGAACUCCUCGGCUCUCUCUCGCUCACCCCCUACGCCUGGGCAGGAGGGGACGAAUGGGAUCGCCUACCGCAACAAGCCUCGCUCGCCGCGCUCGUACGCACCGCCCUCUCCGGAGAUCAGGGCGCAGCCGUCCUCGUAGGAGGGGUAGAAGCCGCGCGGGAAGGGCUGGAAUGUCGUGCCGCAGCUGUAGGCGCGUUCGACUCCUUCUGCCAGUCUAACCCUGCUGGUAUACACCUCCUCUUGGAGGAACUCGUCUUCCCCCCCUCUGAACCAUCACCCUUCACCGACCCGCCCCUUCCCGCCGGGUCCCUACUCCUGCACACGCUUACCGCUCUCCCCGAACCUGAACGCGCGCCUCAGAGCCUAAACGGACUCCCUCCAGCUCGGUUCAACACCUAUCCGACGGUGUUUGCCUGUCACUUGUUUGCCCACGUGCUCCGGUCUGGGGAGGGGGCGAAGGCCGCCGCCAGGGGAGUGACACUCCCCCUCCCUCCCCAAGCACAGCAGCCCGAGCCGGAGGACGAAGCCGACCACCCGCCAACGCUCAUCCAGCUCCUGACAGGGAACGUCAACCUCGCCCUGCGGGAACAUACCCGUGCGCGAGAAGAAGGCCGGGAGAGGGAAGCGAGGGAAUGGGAGCGCGCGGCGUGUGCUUGGUUAGGGGUAUUAUGUGUUUGGUGCUGGGAGAGUGCGGGGAGUGUGAGGGAGUUCCUGGAGGAGGGGGGGAAUGUCCAGGUUCUCGUGCAGCCUAUUACUCAACCGAGCGGGAUAGACCCACUCGUUCAGGGCCUGGCGGCGUUCUUGCUUGGCACGUGCUAUGAGUAUGAUACGGAUCCUGGGGAGGUGACGAGGUGUGUUUUCUUCUCCUUUCUUCCAGGUCUUCCCUUCCUCUUCCCCUCUCCGUUCCUCCUCCUUCCUCCCCUCUCCUUGCUCGCUUCCCCCCCCCCGUCUUUACAGAUGCUGGCAGCUAACCCCGCGCACAGGGCAACCCUCCACCCCAUCCUGCUCAAACAUAUCGGCGCAGACCAGUUCGUGAACCGUAUGACACGGUUGAGGGAAGACGACAGGUUUAAACAAGUCACCCCCGACUCAGGGGUCGUCCUUUCGCCUGGACAGGACCUGCACCAGCAGGUGCAGGUGCAGGUGCAAGGGCAGGGACAGGAGCAGGGGAGGGAGGCGGAGGAAGAGGGGGAAGUGUGGUUCGAUUGGGCUUUUGUAGAGUUCUGGAAGAACACGUACUUCUCUGUCCAGCGCGCUAUUACCUCUGACCCGAAUGCCGUCAAGCCCAUUUCUGGGGAAACGCAGACCCUGGCGCUUAUCUCCUCUCUACAGGGGACGAUCCAGUCCCAAGCGCAAGACCUGGAAACCAUGCAGCGCAAGCUGGACGCCCUCCACCGAGAACGGGAAGAGGAGAGGGAAGCGUUAGGCAGUGAGUUGGACAGGCUUGGAGCGCACGUGGCGGAGAUGGGCGAGGAGCUGCAGUUGGCUGCGGGGAGGGAGAGGAGCUUGGACCUGAGGGUUGGGGAGAGGGAGAGGGAGGUCGAGAGGUUGAGAGCGGAGUUGGUGGAAGCUGCUUUUGCUCCUACUUCCGCGCCCGCAGCUGCCUCUGUCUCUCCCCCUGCUCGUGGGGGAUCUCAGGUGUCCGCUGUAUCAUCCCCCGGCACCGAGACGGAACUGAAAGCCCGACUGGCGGAACUAGACCGCGAGCUGAAAGCCGCCCAGGCGAAACUGAAAGAACAGGAAGAACAGGUCGAAGAUGCGUUUGUGGCGCUGGACGAGCUGAGCCAGAAGAGGAAGAGGGAUAAGGGGAGGAUGAGGCAGGCGGGGUUGGUCGUUAGUGAGGAUGAGGAGGAUGAGGAUAAGGAUGAGGGGGAGGAAGAUGAGUGA